AUGUGCAACCUCUUCCACCGACCCAACAAGAGCCACUCGCCUGGCAGCGACAAAGUCGAGAUCAAAGAACGCCGCAGUAGCAGCAUCUUUGCACGCCACGUGCGAUGCAGCACGGGCGACGAAGUCGUCGAGUUCAUGCGGCCCCGGGACACAGUCGUCACGCGCGUGAGCGAAAGCUCGAGCGGUCCAAUGGAAGACCGCCGUCGCCACCGUCGCCAACGACUCAGCGAAGAGGGUCUGCAAGCCUACGGACCCCCUAAUGGCGUCGCGCCAGCGCUGCAUCAGAUCGCUGAGCGACCGGCGUCAGCGCUGUAUCAGAUCGCUGAGCGACCGGCGCCAGCGCUGUAUCAGAUCGCUGAGCGACCGAUGCCACGCAAGACCCAAUAUGUCGAACGACCGAUGCCACGCAAGACCCAAUAUGUCGAACGACCAGUUCCACGCAAGGACUACUACGUCGACCGACCGUGUACUCUCCGCGAGUACCAAUCGGCGGGGCGCGUGCACCUCCGCGAGCGUCCGUGUGCGCAAGGCCGGAUGCCUCCACGUGAGCACCAGUCGAUGGGAGGACGCAUGUACCCGCAAGAACAUCCGUCGAGGGCGGGCCGCAUGUACCCACAGGAGUACCAAUGUGUUGGAGGCCGCCUGUACCCCCGCGAGCAGCGGAGACUAGUGUGCUAA